AUGCCAAUCACGACAUCAUCCUCUUCUUCUCACCAAACCAUAGACAUUAUCACAACCGCUAACAACGACGAGCCACCAGAUGAACGCACGGCCCUUUUAUCAUCGCACCAACGUGACACCACCACCACCACAUCAAAUACACAAAUCAGCGGAUAUAACAAAAGUGCACCCUAUUUGUGGAAGGAUCUUAAGCAGAGUCAUCUUGUCAGCCUUUUACCUUCAAUUGCGCUUGGGUCAGCCAUUUGGUUUGGUAUUGAGCCUACCUCCGAAUUGACAACAACAGCCAUACGGCUAAUGGCAGUGUUUACAAGUUGCAUAUUUGCAUUGAUUACAACCAAGGUUGAAAUUUCGAUGCUUGUACUUACAGGGCUGACGCUACUUGCUUUGACACAAUCCUUUGAGUGUAAGGAUCAUGCCACUGGCAAAAUGACUGAAUGUCGUUUGUGUGGUGACGUGAAUCCCUUGACUGGGGAUACGUUUGAAUGCAAGGCUGCCAAGGAGUCUUUUAAACACUCCUUGGAAGGAUUCUCGAGCUCAGUUGUAUGGUUGAUUUUUGCGGCAUUUCAUCUCGGCAAGGCCGUUGAAGUGACCCAGCUUGGGCGUCGACUCUCCUUAUUGAUGAUCAAAAUUUUUGGCAAACGGAUCAUGGGUUUGGCGUAUGCCAUUGUCCUUUCAGAAAUCCUGCUAGCACCCUUUGUCCCAAGCAAUACAGCUCGUGGUGGUGGGAUUGUUUUGCCUGUAGUAAAUUCUAUUGCCACCACCCUUGGAUCAUCACCUACGCAUGACCCGAAGCUUGGUGCGUUCUUAAUGCUUGUCGGAUCUCACUCGAAUCUAAUAUCAGCAUCCAUGUAUCUCACUGGUAUGGCACCCAAUCCCAUUGUACUCAACAAGGCCAAGGCUCUAUUUCCGCAUCUCGAUUUUGGAUUCUUGCCAUGGUUUGUGGGAGCCAUUGUCCCAGCAGCUGUGUGUGCAGUUGGCUUACCGCUUAUACUCCGGUGGGCUUGUGGUCUCGGAGGAAACAAUCAAAUGCAGGAUCAUAAAUCAUCAUCAUCCAACAACGACAACAGCGUCGUCAAACAUGCACAAACGGAGCUAGAUCAAAUGGGAUCCGUCACAUCCAAGGAGUGGCAAUUGUGCCUGGUUUUACUUUUGUGUUUGGGCUUAUGGAUUACUUCCAGCUACACCAAAUUGGAUGCAACCUUAGUGGCAUUGCUAGGCAUCGUUGCUCUCCUACUUAUGGGUACAAUCACGUGGAAGGAUGUGGCAAGCAAUACCAAUGCUUGGGACACGCUUUUUUGGUUGGGUGGGUUCGUUACAAUCGCACAACAGCUUUCCGAAGCAGGCGCAUCCGCCUAUCUUGGUCAUAAAAUCUCACAUGCAAUCGAUCAACUGGGAUUGCCACCAGUACCUGCCUUGGCUAUCGCCUACUUUAUGACUACGUUUAUGUUUUCAUCAUUAAGCGCACACACAGUGGCCUUUGUGGGCACAUUUUUAGAUGCGGGUGUAGCGCUAGGCGCCAAUCCAAUGGUGCUCACCGUUCUACUUGCCUACUUUGGCGCAUUAGGAGGAUGCAUGACGAACUAUUCGACAGGCAUGGCAGCCAUGUACUUUGCACCAGGCUAUGUCUCUCGUUCAAGGUGGUUCGUGAUUGGCUUCCAACUUGCUGCAUUCUAUAUUGUUGUAUACAUGACCAUAGGCAUGGGAUGGUGGAAAGUGCUGGGAUGGCAUUGA